AUGCUUCAACUUGCAGAAAUUAAAGAUAUUCACAAGAUCACAAUAGAAACCACCGAACGAAUUUUUGACGCGGAAAACUUUUGGAUCGAGAACUCUCGUGGCGAGACCAAUAUGAGACAUAUGGAGCUAUCCGAAAUUGAUCCGGCAAUUAAUUUCAGAACGAGAUCCUUGAAAUACCCCGGCCGAUACAAUUACGAGUUGUGGACGGUCGAACCGAGUAUCUGGGGCAUUAUCGGAUACACCGUAGUCAUCCCCAUAGUUUCCGCACUUGGAAUAAUCGGGAACUCUCUAAUCCUCGCGGUCCACUUGAAAGCGAAGACGUACUUGAAAGCGUCGACAUAUACGUAUUUAGCAGUGCUCGCAGCUUCGGACCUGAUCACUUGCAUUCUGGUCGCCUUCUCCAGUCUGGCCAGAGGCAUUUUUCGUUGCAACAAAGGAUGGCUGGAAUUCGACGCGUUCGUUCACUUCCCGAUAGGAUCUGUUACCUCGAACAUUACAGUAUGGGCCGCGUUAGGGGUGAGCGUCGAUAGAUUGAUAAUAGUCUGCAGCAUGUCGCGAUGUAAACCGCCAAAGUUCUGCAGCCAAUAUGUAGCACGUAAGCUGAUGAUCUUCGCCACUUUCUUUGCUAUCUUGAUCAACAUACCGUACUGUUUUAUGUACACAUACAACGAGAGUGGUGAUUUGGUGACGACUAACUUUUUCCACUCACGUUGGUUCAAUCUUCAAAACUGGCUACAAUUUACAAUAUUUGGCCUGAUACCGGCCGUAUUUUUGCUUAUCGCGAACGCAAUCAUGUGUUGCUCCGUGAGGAGAGUCCUCAUACAAAGGGAGAUACUGCUGAAGCGCAAGAACAUACGAGAAGGAAAUCGCCUGCGGGAUCAAGCUCGGUUAACGAUCAUGCUGGUUGGCAUCGUAUUUUUGUUCCUUGUGGGCGAAUUGCCAACUCAUUUGGCGUCGCGGCGAAGCGCCCUGUCUUUGCUUUACGGCGGUGAUCCUUCCAAAGUUCACGAGGUCUUCAUGGAAAACUUUCGUAUGUGGGCGACUCUUCUUAAUGCGUUAGCGAGCUCAACCAAUUUCAUACUUUAUUGCUUGCUAAGCCCCACCUUUCUCAUACAUUUGAAACGUAUGUUACUUCCGGAGCACAUUUUAAAAAGAAAUUGCACAAAGAAGAGACCAGUAGCUUACUUCCAUCAACAAUCAGGCUGCAAAGCAAGAUGUGAAAUAUUUGUAUUAUAAUUAUGGCGUAACAUACCAAUAAUCAGUAACCCUAUUUAUCUAGGAUUCAGAUUUUCAUUGAAAAUGCAAUAAAUAAGAUAAUCACGCAAAGCUACAAACAUCGAAUUAUUCCUUAAUAAAUAAUCUUAAAUAGUAUUCACAU